CUCCUGCCCCUCUCCGCUUUCUUUCCUCUUCGGUGUCUCCCGCUGGACCAUCGGCGGUGUCUCAGUUCCUCAGUGGUUGUAUCCGUAGAGCAUACGGAGAAGGAGGUACGGAGUACAGAUACCUACCUUAAGGUACCUUAAUGGAAGUGGUUCACCCAACCUCCUGUCCUGUAAAGUACCCCCGCUUCACUGCAAACCGCCCCGCGACUUCUUUUGGCUGCAGCUCUCCUACUUGCGGCCUGUCCUUGCCCGUUCUUUUCCUUCUCCCCCCUCCUCCCCUGGCCCUUGACCGCCUUGAAGCCCAAAGCUAAAGGCGGGAACGGCACCGGAAGGACAAACGAGGGGCGGCGACAACGCACACACAUAAUCUGCCCCUCCACUCAUUGACCUGAGGUGCUUCUCGUUGCGCUCUCUCUCUUUCCUCUCACCUGCCGACUGACUGCAAUUUUUCAACAAUUUUCUCUCGUCUUCUACCAUCCAUCCCUUCUCUUCCGGCCCGUCACCUUUGGCAGACAGACGUCUAGACCUACCUUACCCACGUAUACCUCAAGAAACAAUAGUCCACCUCUCACUGGGUCCCUGAUCGAAGCUCAUUGGGACUUGGUCGGGUAGACGACCUCUCUCGCUUGGCGUCCCCUUCAUUGGGCCAUCGUCAGACCCCCCCAAGACUUGCAUAUCGAGAGCUGCUGGCAUUCGAGCCACGACACUCACGCUGCAGUCAAAACCCCCCUUCCCAUUCGAUCCUCUCUUCAUCUACCUGCGUCCUCGUGGAUCAAGCUAUCUCUCUCUCCCCACGUCUCCUCCGCAUCUUCUGCUUCUGCUUCUGCUUCUGCUUCUGCUCCUCUCGUUGAAUGAGAGCCCGCCGUUUGUCUACCACGACUGCAACUACGACUUCCUUACUCUCCAUCCGACUUUCUCUAUUGCUUGCACGCUUAGGAAGCCUACCUUAGUCUGCUGCUCGCUGCUCGCCUGCUCACUUGCUUGCUUGCUUGCUUGCCUUAUCGUUUCAUGCUUCGACGCUGCAGGAUACAUAGCACCAACACACAGGAGCAACUCGCUUUAUUCGUCCUAGUUUUGUUUAUUCCCAACUACCUUACGGAUAUUCUCUCCCUCACUCUCGCACCCUACCGCCGACGCUCUGCCGGGCUGUAACCACCCGGCCCCUCUUAAUAAUCUCUUAAGUCAGGUCAGUCCAUCACCGCUUUCCUCUCUCUUCUCUUCUUCCACUACCUCUGCCCUGGCUGCCGAGCCUCAUCCCCAACCCCAAUCUCUCCAAACACUCUCCAUGAGACCCAAGCUCAGGGUCUCGGGAGAAAUAAUGACAUCUGUACUAGUAAUAGAUGACCCAUCUUGACCUCCUUGUACAAUAUCCUCUCAUCUUCACCUCUUCUCCACUUCCACUAGAGACAGACCACUCGUAUCUCAUCUGGUGAUCCCUUCGCUAAGAUGUAUUCAUAUUCCCACAGAGACUACAGGCCGCGCACUCCACGCACUCCGCGUGUGCGCAAGACUACCACAAGGAUGGAUCCGGACUGUGCUAUAUGCCACGCCCCUGCCUCCGCAGCUUGCGACUGCGAGGCCAAGGGACUUGAUGUUGCCAUAAAACAGGCUGAGCAGCGCAUGAUGCAGUCUAUAUACACCGACAUUCGGAGCUGGGUUCGGGCUCACGCGCAAGACUACAUCCUGGAAUACUUUCGUCUACUCACCGAGCGCCGAAAGACAGCUCACGCCGCUAACCUUGAACGCAUCAACGCCACCGCAUACCAUUACUACCACGCCCCUCCUCACCCUAGCGAGCUUGCCCAGGCGCAGGCUGCAUUGAAGCACGGCAUUGACGAGGAUUGGCAAUCUAGUGUUCAACGAUAUCCUGAAGUCCUCGAGUAUUUCUUCAGUCUGGUCGAGCUGAACGUCCCUCCCGAUGAUGACCCUUUUGUCAAGGAUCCCCCAUUGAGCGCCCUCAGUGGCGGGUCCAAGAAUAGGUCUGGAAGAAGAAUUGGAGGAGGCGGACCUCCUUCAGGCGGACCUCCGGCCAUUGCUGCACCUAGCAGUCAUGAUAGAGGUCCAUUUGGGAGAGCAUCACCACCACCGCCCAGCAUGGACAUGCCCCCGAUGCCUAGCAGGAUGGGCGGGAGAACACCAGCCUUGAGGGAAAGAGAAAGAAGGUCAAUGCCACCGAUGCCGCAUAUGGGACCGCCCAUGGGACACCUUGGACACCCCGGAGGACCACCGCCUGGAUUUGGACGAACCGCACCUCCAGGUCCCGGUGCAUACUAUGGAUGGAGUGGGCCCCCAUGAAAGCUGAGAUCGACGAAAGACACCAUCCAGAGCUAGAAGCUCCUGAAGUUCGAAUAUCAUCUUGGUACGAAUCACGGCGUCUUUGCAAUUUUCCUAUGAUAUUAUUUUGAUGAGACCCACGAACUGCAUCAGCGGUCUUUUUUGGUGUGUUGACGCGGGACAAGCAGGCAUAUAUGCAUUGCAAAGCGUAGCGGUAGCCUUGGAGAACCCACGUUUUUCUUUUACGCAUUUGCUCUUUACUAUGUUCGAGACAACCCGGAAUUUGUGAUCGAGUCUCGUACGUUUAUAUCCUUUUUGAGGGUUUCAUCCUGUUCCAGUUUCUUUGGUUGGGUAGGCACCGGAGUACGGAUCACGGAAAGAGGGCAUUCUUUGGCAUUUGCGACGGCGCAGGCCGGGUACUAUUUGAUUUUCCUCUUCUUAGAUGUUACGGGAGGAAAUCUCUACAGGAUCAACAGCCCUCAAACCAGUGGCCGCUAGAGC